AUGCUGACCCUCCUCGCUCUCUCUGCAGGUAUCGCAAGAGAUUCCCGCCACAAGCGGUCGGCCACUGGCGCCAAGCGUGCACAAUACCGAAAGAAGAGAAAGUUUGAGCUCGGCCGUCAGCCCGCAAUGACGAAGCUAGGCGCCAAGCGUAUUCACGACGUUCGUACUCGCGGCGGUAACCUCAAGCGACGUGCACUCCGACUCGAGUCGGGCAACUAUGCCUGGGCGUCAGAGCACUGCACCAAAAAGACUCGCAUCAUUGGCGUCGUCUACAACGCUUCCAACAACGAGCUUGUCCGUACGAACACGCUCGUCAAGGGCUCUAUCGUCCAGAUCGACGCUACGCCUUUCCGCCAAUGGUACGAGUCUCACUACGGUCAGCCGGCCACCAAGAAGGGCAAGGCCGCAAAGGAAGACAAGACCGUCGAGCCUGUCAAGCAAUCGGCUCAGGUCGUUCGCAAGCUCGCAUCUCGUCGCCUAUCGGGCAAGCUCGACCCAUUGCUCGAGACCCAAUUCCAGGCCGGCCGUCUCUACGCUUUCCUUUCAUCACGACCCGGCCAAUCCGGCCGUGCUGAUGGCUACAUCCUCGAAGGUGAAGAGCUCAGCUUUUACGUCCGAAAGCUUAGGGUGCGUUUGGCAAGAGCAGUCUGCUCGAUCUUUGCUGACCAUUGCGCUCGAUCCAGGCUGGCAAGGCAAAGCAUGCUGCAUAAGUUCCAGAACUCGUGCACGUUUGAUCUGUCUAGCAACUCCAGCUCGAUUGCAUUCCUUGUACUCGAGUAUGCGCACGAUAGUGAUGAUGACGUGUCGCCUGCGAGCAGUUGGCAAGCGAGCGCAAUGUCGCUCUCCCAAGCCGCACUGCGCAAGAUCACCAAAGAGCUGCUCACGCUGCAGAACAGUCCGCUAGAAGGCAUUCGAAUCGUUCCAGAUGACCGCGACAUCCUCGCCUUUCAAGCUUGGCUAGAAGGACCAGCUGGUACGCCGUACGCAGGAGGCUACUUCAAGGUCCAGUUCGAGUUCACGCCAGAGUUCCCGACAUCGCCGCCUAAAUGCCGGUUUGCGACGAAGAUAUUCCAUCCCAAUGUUGCGCCCUUGACGGGUGAGAUCUGUGUGAACACGCUCAAGAAGGACUGGCGGCGAGACUACGGUAUCGGUCAUGUCCUCAGUGUCGUCAAAUGUCUGCUUAUCUACCCGAACGCCGAAUCUGCGCUGCAUGAGGAAGCAGGCAGACUUCUACUAGAGGCUUACGAGGAUUACGCAAGCCAAGCCCGCCUGAUGACCUCAGUACACGCCAGUCGUAUACGACCUGCCGAGUUCGAUAUACCCGAUGCAGAGACGAAAAGGACAGCACAAGCGACCAGUGUACUCGGAAAGUCAGCUUCGCCCGUUUGCGAAACCAAGCUAUCCGGCUCAGAUAAGCCGCGGAAAGCUACGCCCACAUCUGCGCCACUGUCUCCUUCUGUCUCUUUCCAAAACGGUCAGAGCGCAGCGACACUACCGCUACAAGCAUCUGCUACGCUCAAUUCGCCCGUCAUGCUAACACAGCCUGACGCAGCCCUAGCAAGUAAAAAGCGGUCAGUAUCUUCGGCAAUGGGCGCAGGCACAACAGCGCCACCACAGACCGCCAAACCUGCGCCAUCAUCAGCUGCGCCCAAGAAGCGUGGUCUCAAGAGAUUAUAG